AUGAGCAACACCAGGAGCAAAACAGAGUUGUUCUUCAUGCCCGUGCCCUGCUUGUACCAACAGCAGGCACGACAUGAGCAAUACCCGGUAGAGGCCGAGACACUCUUCGCCGGAGGCGAGUCCGAGCUCGCAGCCAUGCCGAAAUUCUCGUUGUACGCAAGGCUUCGUGCAGCUGACGAGGAGGCCGGCAAGGACCGGCUGCGUGCGCGGCUCGUGUGGCUCCUGGUGGUGCUGGAAACGAUCUCCUUGCUUUGCAUUCCUCAAGUGGCCACUCUCACGCACGGAGCCUUCUUUCUGAUCCCGCUGGGGGCGCUCUUCCUAGCUGCAGCGAUCCGUCUUUACUCCAGGCCUCGCAUCCUGCUGGCUGAGCCACUUUGCGUCCUUUGGCCUGACAACCAUUCACGACACGGCCUGGCGCGCGAGCAGGCGCCCAACCUCUGCUUUGGUGGCUUCGUGUGGGCACUGAAGCUUGUGUGCGCUUUGACUUUCUGGACGAGCCCCGCUGCCUUCAGCUUCCUGGGGGACGGUUGCCCUGACGCAGUCCCACGCCCGAAUUGCAGCCAUUACACACGAGAGCAGGAUGGACUUCGCUUCUGCAUGGACAUACAAAACCGUUACGAGCCGGGAAAUGCUAAACGCAAAGGCCUGUAUGAACAGGGCGGAGCAUGCGCGAAUGCGUGCUAUGGUUGUGGGCCUUCGGGGGUUGAUCCGUUUUGGACGGGCAUUUUGAUUGUGCACCGGAAGUACUGUUAUGGCGAAUGCGCGUUGUCUUGCUGCCAGUGCCUGCACUGCCAACUUUCACCCGCAGUGCCUUUUUGGUUAAAACAAGGAUGCAGUGCGGGAGCUUUUGCGCCAGAUUUUGCACCGGAGCUAUUUCGGUGUGUCCAUGGAUGCAUCAACAUGCCAAUGCCGAAUCGACUUCCGUACUAUGAAGCGCAGACGCCGAGCUUCGAAAACGGUAUGCUCGCGCAACUUGCUCGCUGCACCUUAUUAGUCCACGGAGAAGAAUCUACUCAAGUCAAGAUUGCCGUGGCUGUAGUCUCAGCGUUGCAGUGCUUGCCUUUAACCUCUUUGGUGGCCUGCCUUUUGGUCAGCAUCUUGGUGCAUCUGCUGAAGGGCGGAAGUGCCUCUGUCAUGCUGGGCGCUGUGCCCGUGGAGCUUGAGACCAUUGAAGCCAUAGAUGCAAAAGCAGCGCAGUUGCAAGACCAGAUUCGGCAUAGAAGACUGGAAUCCUCGCCAAAGGUGAAAUUCCAGCUUUGGAUGGACUUUGUUGUUUUCCUGGUGGACUACCUGUCAGACUACAACUGCCUCCGAACUUUUAUCGUGGAGGGUGCCUACGGUGUGGCAGCCGUGCAGGCUGUCAUCAUCGCUGCUCCGGUAGUCUUGGACUGCUACCGUGGCAAAAUACAGCCAGUCCAAGUAUUCGGGGGAUUCAUGGAGUCACGGAAGCGCGGCUUUCCUACCGACGACUUCAUCCUGGCGCUUCGCUCGGAGAAGAGCCUGGAGGCCCCACUUUCCAUGUUCCUGCAGUUCUACACGCUGUUGCGGAGCACACGGUCCUCGUCCAUCUGGAGCCUUUGCAUCUCCAUGCCGCUGAGCAUCCUGGGCAUUGCAAAGCAUGUCUACGCAACCUUUGAGCUGCAGAUUCUGGAGGGCACAGCAACACUCCCCAGCACAUACCAGGGCACGAACCAGCUUCAGGUCCAUGGAGAUCAGGCGACGAGCAUCGCGCCCCGUGGCGCAGCUCUUCCCAUUACCGUGGGAAGCUCAAAGGCGAAG